GAGCGCCACACACACACACACACACACACACUACGAGGGAACCCCAUCAGCUGGAAGAGUAGAGUAACCUUACAACUCAACACUCAUCUUACGCGCUCAUGCCCCAAAUCAGCAGGACACGCACAGCUCUGCUUCUUAAAUGAGAAAGAGACACGAAGAAGCUGUUUUGUUAUUAAACCGAUAAAGUACAAGAAGGACCGAGGAGCCAGAGCUGGAGAGAAGCAUGGAGUAUUUCAUGGUACCAGCUCAGAAGGUGCCCUCCUUGCAACAUUUCAGGAAAACCGAGAAAGAAGUCAUAGGGGGCUUGUGUAGCUUAGCAAACAUUCCCCUCACGCCAGAGACGGCGCGGGAUCAGGAGCGGCGUAUUCGGCGGGAAAUCGCCAACAGUAAUGAGCGCCGGCGCAUGCAGAGCAUCAACUCUGGCUUCCAGUCUCUGAAAACACUCAUCCCGCAUAGUGACGGGGAAAAGCUAAGCAAGGCUGCCAUCUUACAGCAGACGGCCGAAUACAUCUUUUCUCUGGAGCAGGAAAAGACGAGGCUGCUGCAACAAAACACCCAACUCAAACGCUACAUACAGAAGGAGUUCAGCGGCUCAUCCCCAAAGAGGAGGCGCGCCGAGGAGAAGGAUGAAGGCAUUGGAUCUCCAGACAUUCUGGAGGAGGAGAAGGUGGAGGAUCUUCGGCGAGAGAUGAUCGAACUCCGACAACAGCUGGAUAAAGAGCGCUCCGUUCGCAUGAUGCUGGAAGAACAGAUCCGCUCGUUGGAUGCCCACUUGUACCCAGAGCAGCUAAAGGUGAUCGCUCAGCAGGUCCAGGAGCAGCACGUGCAGACGCAAUCGCUGCUUCGUCUUCAACAGCAGCAACAAGAACAGCUGGGAAAAGAGACCACCACACCUGCUCGCAGCCCGCUGGUGUUUUCUCCUGCCACGCCGCCUGCGCCCACUCAUCACGCCACAGUAAUUGUUCCCGCCCCUGCGCCGCCGCCCCCUUCCCAUCAUGUCACUGUGGUAACCAUGGGCCCCACCUCUGUGAUCAACACAGCAUCCACAUCACGACAGAACUUGGACACCAUUGUGCAGGCCAUCCAGCACAUCGAAGGCACGCAGGACAGGAUGGUCUUGCCCGAGGAGGAAAAGCGCCGGGCAGUCAUCGUCACCCCGGGCCGUGUCCUCACAGACACCGGCGACUCCGACACCGCCUCUGACAACGAAGGAUCUGAGGACUGUUAACUGCCACGGUCACCCCCACUCCCAAAUCGCCCCACCACAUGUAACGGGGGGCGCGGAAAGGGGGUGAGGGGGUCUGUGGCAAAGGGCCUCCCGCAGAAAUACUCUUUCUUUCUCUCUCCUCUCUUCCUGUCGCUGUCUUCUUCACACUCACACAGACUCAAUGACUUGAAGGUUUUUUUUGGGGGGGGGACAAAACAAAAACAAGAAAAAAAGGAAAUGUUACAGGAAAUGUGCCGCAAACAGAACGAGCACGCUUAUGUAUACUCGCACAUACUCAUAUACUAUAACCCCAUAGCACUCUGGUAACUUGUUGAUACAUUCAUAUUAUACAGCUCUUACUCAUACUCCGUCGAAUUGUCUUCUGUUUCCACAACGCACGCUCCCAGGUAAGCGAUUUUGUGAGAGAAUCACAAAAUCUCCAUCGGAAUCUGCCACAGGUCUUCUAGGCCUCUGCUUCGUCACUUCCUGUUCUACAUCCUGCCCAUAAGAGGGCAGUAGAGUGUUCUGAUUGGAAGAAACCCACUACCGCGUCUCAUCUCUCAAAAUGAACCCUUUGCCCCGCCACCCUCUGGUUGCGUCAUAUUACUCUUUCCAUUCUGGGGAGGCUUGAAGCAUCGCUGUGAGCCAAUGAGACUUCAGAAACCUGUUCCUCACCAUGGCUUCUGAAACUUUAGAGGAAAUGUUACCUUUUUUUGUUUUGUUUUCUUUUUUUUGGCGCAGACACGCUCCUAGAUUUCCAUUUGCUGGUGGGCACCUUUGAUUAACAUGUUGUCAAUGGAGGGACAAAGACCGCCACUGCUUAGAGGGGCUUCGAGCACUUUGUAAAUAACGCAAAGUUAUUACACAAAGAGGGGGGACUUUGUGCACUUAAUGUCGCUCACCUUUACUGGGCUGGGUUCCCAGUAUGCUUGUUGGUGUAGGGUGAAGCACUCCCACCGUCGCGUCAAAUGCCCCCCGGUCCUGUCCUCACAGAUCUGAUUUUGAAAUUCUGGACGAGUUUUUGUCGUUUGUGUGUCAAAUGGAAUAAGCUAGCCGCCAGGUACUCGUACCUGCGAGGAAAUUUGUGUGUCGCUUUUAGCACACUCGCUAAUGUAAACGUAAAGGUCUUGUAUUUUUGAGAAAGUGUGAAAAUAGCACUACCAGGGUUGUCGUGGCCCGAUUUCAGCCUAUGCAGCUCUUUUGGUUCUCGUCCCCCUUUGAGAGCAACUUUGUGACCCCUUUGGUCUUCUCCCGGAAGUAUUGUCCUGUCCAUUUUUCAUGUCCGACGCUCUGUAACGAUGUUUACGGCGACACCGAAGAGUGACUAGCCCGUAAUCAUGCGCUCUAGCUCUAUGCACUCGCUGGUUCACUCUGCUCGCUUGAAUGUUUAAAUUUCCCUGUAUCUCUCGGCGUACGACGAGGAUGUUCGUACAUGCCGCAGAUAAUCAUGUGCAAGGUGGUGCUACUCCUGCGUGAGCUCUCCGGAUAAGCCAAGGAUGUCCAAUCCAGCUCCCAGAGGGCCACUGUCCACUAGAGUUUGGCUUCAACUCCAAUUAUACAGGAUUACUACAGGUAUGGAGUGGGACACGUUGGAGCUAAACUCUGCAGGACGUUGGUUUUGGGACUAGGCUUGGACACUCCUGGGAUAAGCCAUGUGAUAUUGUGAGCUCUUCAUACCCCUGGUGGGAUUGAGAGACGGAGCGUAUCCUGUGCCGAACAAUGGCCAGUGGCUUGCCUUAAAACAGCUUCGGUGUGCACAAUGAGGCACAGAGGCCUGCCUUAAACUAGCCCUGAAGGGGGCGCUAGAGAGCAAGGCCGGAGGACACCGUUAAGACUCGGUGUCCCACGUUCAUCUCUUCUCACAGUUCACGUUCCAAACAUUCCAGAACGGUCUACCAUUGUGUUUUGCGUUGAGUUGUCGACGCUAAAGUCGGCAAGAUUUGGCCAUAGACUAAGGUGAGAGGUGUCUCGUUUUUUUGACUGAAAAUUCAAAGUGUGCAUGUCCCCCUUCCCUUUAUGGAAUAUUACAGGGAAUCUUUUUGCUGCUGGACAGAUUGCGUUUUCCUUCUGGAUUUAUCAGGUGCUGUCAGCACGCUGAACCUUGUCAUUCGUAUUGCGGCGAAGACUGCAGGGAAUCGGGGCUUCCAGAAGAACAGGCUGGUCUAAUUUUGGUCUUUUUUUUUUUUGUACUCGUGCGUUUUUAUUUUGGAUAAUGGGUCGUAGAGACUAGUGUCCUGCUCGUGCUGUCUUCUCAUGUUUAAGUCUGUAAUAACGGUUUUGUCUUAGCGAAAAAGUCUCUUUCCCUCUCCCGCGUUUGAACAUUUCCUCUACCGAAGCCACAGGGUGUCUAUUUUUUGUGUAUUUUCUACUCACAGAAAUCACUGUAAGAAAUCUUGAGGACAUAUCAGAGGUUGGGUGUGUCGAGGGGAACGGGGGCGAUUUUAUGAACCUGAAGCACUUACUGUAGUAUAACGAGGAGCGACUCUUGUUUUCAAAGAGAUGUUGUCCUCGACCGAAGCUCUUCUCGCUGUGAUUUUUGAACCACACGGCUGUGUUUAACCUUCAACGUUUGUCCUGGCACACCACACGUCCUCUGGCCGUCUCCGCAGUCUCCAGACUUGUCCUGUCUCUUAUCCUCUCCCUCUUUUAUUGUCUGUCAUCUCUUUUAAUAUUUUUUUGUUUAUAUUUUUGUUGUUUUUCUUUAUGUGGGACAGUCAGUCCAUUUGGUUGAGAAGCUGUUGUAUUUUUUUUUAAACUGGGGAAAAGAGGCUUGUGCCUUUGUAAAAACAGAAUAAUAAAGUUUUUACUUUGUUUUUUACAA